UUUGUCAUCCGUGUUGUUUUAACACGUGCACCUUCUCUGUGUCUGUCUCUUCCCACCUGAGUCCCAGAGGUAAAACGAAUUUUGAGAGUGAGGGCUGCUGGAGGGGGCUGACACACUUGCCAUCUCCAAGUCUAUAUAAGCGAGUCGUUAAAGUGGGGCAGUACUAGUCUGUAAGAUGCACCUCGUACUCCUGGUGACGAGUAUCGCGCUGGCGGGUUGCUCGCCGGUCCUCGGACAAGGAGUCCUUCCUGCGGAAUCUAGCAUCUCCCUCGACCCACUGGUGACCCUGGUGGGCUGCCUCCGGGACGCCAAGCCCGGCUACUGCCUCCAGAGGCGGGCCCUCGGCUUCUUCGAAUCGUGGCUCACCAACUCCGGCGACGAAGACGACGUCAUACCCAACGACGACGAGGACGGAGGGGUCAAACUGCCGGCCGGCUUGUCCCCAUACUGGUCCAAGAUGGUCGACUCGGUCGCGGAGAGGAUCGCCGGCAUCUACGAUGACAAGGACGAAGACGAGGACGAAGACGAACAGUCAGCAGAAGAGAGCGAAGCGCGCAACCUCGUCCAGGACUCCUCCUUGUCCCAAGUCGAAGACGGGAGAGGACACAAGAAGAAGAAGAAAAUCAAGGCGAUCAAGAAGGCCAUCAUCAAGCUAGUGCUGAUAGCCCUCCUCAUCAAGCACAAGCUGAAGAUGCUUCUCGUCGCUUUCCAGACGUUUCUGCAGUUCAAAGGAGCCCUCCUCGCCACCAUCCUCGUCAUCAUUCACGCCGUCAAGCUCUGGAUAGAGAUGAAGCACAAACACCAUCCUCAGAAGGUAAUCUAUUACGAAAACGCCCACCACCAGCACCACUACGACGACCACCACCACCACGAUCACGACCACGGCGACGAUCACCACCACGGCUGGAGCCUCUGGGGCAGAAGCGGCUACGAGCCGUCGUCGACGCCGCCUCCGAAUUUCUACCCUCCCGGGCUGGCCGGCUACUUCUCUAAAAGGUCGUCCGACCUCGCAUACUCAGCCUACACUCCGAAAGACCAUUGAUUUUCUUUUUCGCCUUGCCACGGACUCGUCUUCCCUUUAAAAUCGCCGCUGUGUAAAUAUCAGAUUAGUUCUCAAGAGACUGAUUAAGAGACGAUCCUCUGUACAGUUGGGGCUAUUAUUUAUUUUAUUUAUUUAUUUAUUGUUAAUUCUUAGUCAUCAGAACUUAGAGAAAUGUCAAUAGUUGUUAACUUUUUUAUUUAUUUACUCUUUUCUACCUGUUUUUUUUUUUUUGUGUGUUUUUUAGUUGAAUCGAUUUAUAGUAGCGUGCUCAAUACUGUUCAAUACUUAUUAAUUUGUAGUUCCUCGAUGCUCAAUUAAAAUUUCUUAAGAAUUUUCCAAAUUAGUUACCUGGAAAAUCACAGCAUCUUAGUUGAACAACACAUUUACAUGUUAUUUUACAAAAAUUGCCAUGUUAAAUCAUUGGAAAAUUUUUGUAGUUAAGAAAUGUUAAAUUCAGUAGUUGUGAAGUUUGUCAAAAUACACCAUUUUGAUUUUUUAA